CUAACGAUGAAUGCUCCGGAGUCAUUUGAACCAUUUCUAUUGCUUGAUGGAGAUAAAAAGUAAGCGUAUGCACUGUGUUCCUAGAUAGAACGAUAAUAAUAAAGUGUUACAGAGAAAGGAUUGAUCUUUAAUUAAGCAUUUUUUUAAAUUUUCAGGAUAACUAUCACUAAGGACACUAAAGUUCCAAAUGCUGCCCACUUUGUUGUAAAUAAAGAAGACCACACAUUAGGAAACCUUCUUCGAGCGUGAGUUAAACAGCGCUACGGACUUGACAGCCAAUUAAAAGUUUUUUCUGACGAGUAUUUAAGAUCGCUCAUAAGAUUAUAUAGAGACAUUUUUUGCCAGUUUGAUUUGUUGCUCAACAGACCCUGUGCUGGCCACAACCACAGCUUUGUUGUUCUAUUUUGUUUUAAUCAGAGAAAAAUUGCAUUCAUGUAUCACUAUAAAAAAAAAAACAUAUGGAUAGCUAAUAUGUUACUGGUUGGCUGACAACCAUCCCACUCAAGGUUAGCAGGUAUUUUUAAGGCAUUCUACUUUAAGUGCAAAGCUACUAAGCCUCUUAAAUUAUGCCCCCUUUAUUGGAAUGAAAUAUUUCUUUCUGAAAAUUAAGGAUGUUGCUCAGAUCAUAUUUGAGUGAUAGUUCUACCAUUAUCAACCUUUAAGGCUUUGAAUUCAUUUUGAAAUACCAUAUUUGUGAUUUUCAACUCACAGGCAACUGCUGCGAGAUCCACAGGUAAUAUUUGCUGGAUAUAAAGUCCCUCAUCCCCUUGAGCAUAAGUUUGUUCUUCGAGUGCAAACUACGCCAGACUACAGUCCUCAAGAAGCAUUCACCAAUGCUAUCACAGACCUUAUCAGUGAAGUGUCUCUUUUAGAAGAAAGAUUCAAGGUUAGCUUAUUUUCCUUGUUUUCAAUCUUCUUCACAUAGUCAAUUCUAUCAAAUAACCUUAACCCUUUAACUCCCAGACCAAAUUUGUAAUUCUCCUUACUGUCAAUCAUACAAUUCUUAUAAUGUUACUUCAGAGAAUUUAGUAUUGGAUCAACUAAUUAUCCCCAAAUUGGUAUUUUCCUUUAUUCCAGGGUGCCAAGCUCCUAUUUUUUCCUAUUUUUUGGCCUGCCUCCUAUUUUCUCCUACUUUUUCAUGAAAUUCCUAGUUUUUUCUAGUUUUUUAGGGUUUUACUGGGUAAACAGAAACAUUUUGAAAUAUUUGAAAUAAAUUGUCAAUAAAAAAGAUUAAUUCACUUGUUUUUGUUUAUACGGCAAUGCAUUUUGGAUGUAUGCCAUGGUGCCUGUUAAAUAUUAAGGCAUUGGGUUGUGGAACACAGUUGCUGUUGGGAGUGUUAAGAGGAUAGAAAUCAAAGAAAUCCUCCUAAUUUUUUCCUAUUUUGGGGUGAGAAUUCCUAUUUAUUUCCUAUUUUUUGGCCACUGUCAUUCCUAUUUUCCUAUUUUCUAAGUAUCAUUUGUCACUUGACACCCUGUUAUUCUCAUCACUUAUCUGGUUGAUAUUGUAUUGAUAUUGUAAGGAGAAAUUCUGUCUUGGUCACUCAUGGGAGUUAAAGGGUUAAAGAGAAUGUGCAAGUUGAAAGUCAAAGUACUGUUGUGUUUGAUAUCCAAGAUUGAAGAUGACAUUUCCCAUGUUGACUGCAUACUGCAGUCUUCUUCAAGAGUUGUGGUCAACUGGUUACAUGUCUUGUUAUGGAGCAAUAUAUUCCUUUGUGAUUGGUUGGUUUUAAACAGCAAAGGGAUCACAUCUAUGAAAAAAGCCAUUAACAAUUGCCUAAAAGCAACAAUUUGUGGUAGAACUUCGUUUUUAAGAAGGUGAUUGCAAACAGUGGAAUACAAGCAAACAAAACAUCUCCAUCCAUAACAGAAGUGUCUAAAUUAUUACAAAAAAACUCAGGGAUGGAUUCUGGAAUCUUUUAUUUGGAGCAAAACUAUUAACUUCAAUGUGGUCAUUUUGAGUGAGUGCCACUGCAAGAAUUUUGGUGUCAGACAAGUAGUAGAACAACCCUUAGGUCUGGUAGGAUGGUCCCCCUGGAUUUGCCCUAAUACUUCAUCUCUUGCAGCUGAUUGCUCUAACUAUGGCUUAAACUUAGCUUAAUGUUAACUUGGCUUGUAGAAGUUAACUCAACAUGAGCUUCCCAAUUCCACCAGGGUGCAGUGGUUUUAAUUUUAUAUUCUCUUUCAUACUUACAGUCAUCAGUCAAAGAUAAGCAAGAAGGCAUAGAGUGA